AAUUCCAUUCAUGACAAAUCCAUGGCCAACAUUCAUUUUAAAAUUGAAAAAUGAAUAUACAGAAUUAAUGAAGAAAACAGUGAGACUCGAACAAAUCACGAACGCGAUUUUAUCUCUUAUUACUUCUUAUGAUACACUUUCUUGUGCUAUAAAUACUCCUCCAGGUUCUGGAUAUCAAAUUUACAUAUCUGAUCCGGUUAUCGACUGUCUUCAUUGGUGUCCUUCGUUUUGUAACCCUCCAUUUGUUAAUAAUGAUCCAUUAAUUCCAUGGACGGAUGAAUUCUUGAUUCUAACUUUAAUUCCAAGACUUCGUAAAGAAGCCCGUAGAUUAAUUAAGAAGUCCAAAAUUAAUCGUCCCGGACCUUUCACAACCGUUAAAGGAUGUAUCAAUUUGGCAGCUAAACAAUUUGAUGAUGAAGACAAAGAAUUGUUUGUUUGCAAACUUUUUGAUAAUGAAAGAAUGAUAGAGGUUGAUAAAGACGUG